GUGAAGCUUAGUUGCAUUGCAUUUCAUAGAUGUUUAUGUAUUAAAAUUGAUUAAAUUGUUAUUCGAAAUUAACGUAUUCAUUCUAGAUUUUUAUAAAAAUAAAAUAUCCACUUGGUUGUAUCACCUUCUUGAUAUGUAGAAAUUUCAAGUGAAAAAGUUCUGUAGAGGAAUGGAUUCUGGAGAACCAAAAAGUCCUUCAAAAGGAUCAAAAAAUUAUAUUACCAUUAGUGCCGAAAGUGACAUUGAGGAAAUACCGUGGUUGAUAUUACCUAAUAAUUUGGAAAUACCUUGCAGGAAACAGCGGAAUAAAAACAAACUCAAAAGCUUUGCUCAAGAAAAUAUAACCUCAAAUGUGACUGAGCAGUUGUCUAGCAGUCCUGUUAGUGUCCAAAAUGACCCCAGAGUAAAACGCAAUACUUCAGCAGCUUGUCAAUUCAUGCGCAAAAUAGUAAAGGAGGAAAAAAUGAGAAAAAGAGCACGCCGUUUAGAAGAGACUUUUUCUGAUACUGAUCUUGCUCUUGCUCGUGGUUCUACGAAUUUUCCUGUAAAUCAUGCAGUAAAUAUGCCUGAAUAUCCUGAAGAAAUGCAGAGGCCACCAUCUAGGAGAAGCAUUGUUGAAAAGGGAAACUCAAAAUCGAAUAAAGAUGACUCUAAAAAGAAUGAGACUGAUUCUGCAGUAGUUUUUGAAAGACUGACUCAGUUACAAGAUUUCAUAUCUGAAGCUACAUCUCUUUGUCAUGAACUCGAAAUGAGUGAUGAAUCAGCUCAAGAAAAUGGUGCUUAUUCUGCAAAUGGGAUUUCUCCGGCUGGAUCUAAAGCCUCCAAUUAUGCCACUAAUAACUCAUUCAAAGAUUCAAAUGGGCUUUUGAGUUUGAAAAUGCAAGAGUCUCUUUUGUAUAACAUGCAGAAAAAAGAUGAAAAUAAGUUAUCUUUCCCAGGUCAUGAUCAACUGCAUGUAUCUGCUGAUGAUCAAGAUCUUGCUAAUGGUGGAAGCUUUUGGAAUGAUGAAAAUAAUGCUGAACCCAGACAGUGGACUGCUAAUAAAGUUUUGCAAGGGGAUGCAUUUGAUGAUGAAGAAAAACAGUUGUCCAAUUUAAAAGAAUCUAAAGACGUUAAACAUCUGCAUAUGAGCUUGGAGCGCAUUCGAAAACGUGUACAAUCAAUGCAACAAAACUCGGAUAUAAAAAAUAUGGCUAGAUCUCUAAGCUCAGAUGAUUGUGAAAUUGGUCAAAGAGUUGCAGCAGUUGAAUUUGAACGCAAAAAACUCAAGAAUAAGUUAGUUGAGCUACAGGAAAAGAAAAAGAUGAAUGAUGAACUUCUACAAGAACUAUCCUAUCUGAAGGAUGCUGCCGCUCCUUCUGAUGCUGCUAAAAUUGAUGACUGUGGAAAUUUCCCUUUGGCAUCUUCUAGAAGUUCUCAAUGUGUGCAGUCAAAGUUAAAAAAGCGAACAGUGCACACUUUGAGGGAUGCAGACCUAAAACUCUCAAAACUCCAAACAACUUUGCAUCAUCUAGAAGAGAUGAUGAAAGUAUUAGCACCUCAACAAAGUCCUGCAAAUGAAUCUUCAACUAGUGAAAUUUCAGAAACAAUUAAACCUAAGAAAGAUCUGAGGAUUGUGCGCUCUGUUGUUUGUAACAAGCACGACAAUGUCAGGAAAGAGAUUAAUGGAUUUCCAGCUCGACGUCAUUAUGAAGCAGAAGGCAGGGCUAAUGAGGAUAUUGAUGUGCCUCCAGCUACUAUUCCUAGUCGCCCUUCCAUUACCACUAAAUGGUCUCCUGAAAUGCAAGAUAAAUUGAGACAACUUCAUGCAGCACAGAAGCAUGUAAGAGUUAUUAAUAGUGUCUUGACUUCAAUUCAAGAAGCUCAGAAAUCUGGAAAACCUCUUAGUGCUGAGCAUGCAGAUUUUUUAUCUACAUUUCAAAAGGGGAAAAUUAACGAAUCUCAAAUAGAUGCAUAUUCCAGUGAUAGUGAAGAGCUUGAUUAUGAAUCAGAGGUCCCAGAUAACAAUCCUUGUGAAAAUUUAAGCACAGAUGUCAAAGAAAUUUGUUCGAAUGCAGAUAAAAGUGAAUUACAGCAAAUUGAAAUAAAGCUUUCUGAAAGCAAAAAGCAUGUGAAAUUGUUGAAAGAGGCCCUAAGUUCCCUUCAAGAAUGUGAAAAUUCUGGAAAAGAAUUGCCCAUGGAACAUUUGCAGGUGUUAAUAGACUUGCAUAAAGAUAAAAACCCAGUUUUGGACUGUGGAAGUGACUCGGAUGUGGAUUCAGAUGCUAUACAUGGUAACAAUUCCACUGAAGAUACAAUGGGUGAAGGUGCAGGCCCUGAGUCAGCUGAUGGAACUUAUAACAUGGAAUUCGAGUCUGCUAGAAAAAAAGAUUUAAUUGACUUUUUGUGUGGUUAUAAUCGAUAUGCAUCAGUGUCUAGUAAUGAAAGGGAUAAAAAAUCAACAAGCCAAAUAAAAGAAUUGCCACCUUUUCGAUGUCAGUUGCAGAGUUUCUUACAGAUGUCUGCCGAAGGUAGAAAUGAAGAUGUACGAUCAAGUGGUGAAGGAGGCUAUAUAGCUAAACAAAACUCCGAAGGCAGUAGGAACUCUCUUGAUCAUGUACAACCUUUACAUCAUCAUCAAGAUAAUUUCAUGUUAACGAGACAAAACAUAGCAACAAUGGAAUCUCAGAAUCAAAGUUGUGACAGAAAUCUACACAAUAGAAGUCAAAAUGCAAAAAGAGACAAUAUUAAUAAUUUAUCCGGUAAAAUGGAAAAACUUAGCAUUCAAAAUAGUGUUAAUGGACCAUUCACUCAUUCAAAUGGGCCAAAAGACAAUUUAGAUUCUGCAUCGACUUUGAGUUCUGAAUUGAAUCAAAGUCGCUCUGCAGUUACACUCUCUAAAAUACUCGACUAUGAAAGGAAGAGACGAGUUUAUGAUAGAAAUCAAGAAAUCCACAUUCGUAGUAGUUCCUCAGUUGAUUCUGAACCUCUGGAAUGUUCAAAUAGUACCUUAGCAAUUAAUGCAACAGCAGCUGCAACUUGGGGAGGUUCAAGCACACAAGAAAACUUCGAUGAGAAAAAUGAAGAUAUUUUGCGAAGGCAACAUCAUGAAGGUGGCACAUCUGGAAGUAAUUAUGAUCCUGUUCGUGAAGUAAUUUUCAAAUCAAGAAAGAGUGCAAAAAGGGGGCCUAUGAGGGAGACUACAUCUGGUGCAUCAGCAGAAUUACCGAAUUCUAUCCCCUGUGCUUCUGAUGCUUCAAAGGAUUAUCAGCAACAGUUAUCUACACAUUUCAUCCAACAGCUGAAAAGACAAAUAAACCAAUUGAAUGCAUUAUGCCAAGAAGAAUUACUUUCUGAAGGAUCACAGACAUCUUCGAAUUUUCAUCAGAACUGCAAUCCAAAUUUAAUCCCCCCAUGUCAAUCUCUUCAUGCUGUUCCAGACAUAAUUCAGCCUUAUAAUCAACAACUAUUAUUAUGCUUAAGUCAAUGUUAUCAUACUUUAUACUUGCAGCAAAUGGAAAUACAGCAUCUUCAUCACUACAUCCGUCAUCACAUUGACUGUGAAGUUAUUCGACAAACGAAUGCUUUGAAUUCUCAGGGUAAUAAUGGUGAAGACUUUGAAUUCCGUCCAUGGUGUUUGUCUGCGAAUUCAAAUCCGCUCAUCCCACCAUCCAACAUGUAUUCUAAUGAUCAAGUCUCACCUAGAUCUUCAGCAUAUAUACCGAUGCAAAUGAAAUCAUUUCCAUCUCAUAGUUCUACAGUUCCAAGCAAUGUUCGACCUGUGCGAGCUGUUAUUCAUCCUGCUAGUCAAGAAAAUAGAACUGCCCAAGAAACUUUAAAUAAUCAAGUACCUCCACGAACAAGAGCAAAUAACUUUUGGGAUAAUUUUCGCAGUUAUUCAAGACAAAAUUUGCUUUCUACAUCAAACACUGCUAAAAGAAAUGAAAAUAUUGGCUUACCAGUUGCUCCGCAAGUCCGGCAAGUUCACCCAAUGGUUUCUAAUGGAAACAUAAAUAAUGGCAUAGAAAUAGCGAAUUCUUAUUCUUCCAUGUCAUCUGAUUUUAAUAGGUCUGUGAUUAAUCCUGAUAGACAGUUGCCUAAUUCACGUGUCCACGAUCUUGUGACGCCCAUGAAAAAGCCAAAUAUUAAUGCACCAUCAAACGCUCAAUGUAGGUAUGCUAGUUUUCUUAAAAAGGAACCAGUGCUAAAUAUGUGUUCUUCUUCUGUGAGAAACUUACACUCUGAUCAGUAUGAAAGUACAGAAUCAACUAAUCCAAAUCCAAGCAGUAAUUUGAUUCAGUUGCAUCCAAAUCAAGAUCUUUCAAAAGUAGGAAAUUUUUCUCCCAUCUGUCCAACUUCUGCUACAGAAUCUGUUACUUCGCAUUCUACUACUGAUCCAUCAAACAUUCCCCAGGGUGGAGUCGAAUACCACUCAGAUUUUCUAAUUGGCCUUUAUCGAGAAGCUAAGACUUUAAAAUCUGAUGUUCAGAGACAGCAGGCUUUGAAGAUGAUUCGAGAUCUUGCUAAAAGUGAUAAAGCAUCGGAAAAUGAAUCUUCAUCUCUUAAUAAAAUCAGGAAUGACCAAGCUGUGUCUUCAAAUAAGUCAGAAAAUGUUGCUAGCUCUUCUUCUGCUCCAGGAACUACUGAAAGCUCUACAGUCGAACCAAGUGUAAAUAUUAGUGAAGGAGUUGAUUCUGAUAAGUCUAUUUCCAAAGUGUUUGAAACCAAUUUGCCUUGGAUAAAUCAAAAUUUGCCUACAGCAGCUAUUUCACCUUUAAGUAAACAAGUCGGUCCAAAAUCUACUUCCACUGGAGCAGUUAGAAAAAAAACUAAAAUUCAGAGUACAUGCUUUUGGGACAGUCUUUCUAAUACACAACCUUGUAGUUUCAAUUCUCGUGAAAAUGAAACUGCUUGGGACGAUUUCUGUACUGGAACGUUGCAACCCAUGAGAGAGAAUCAUCCUGAUUUUCCAAGGAAUGUUGUUGAAAAUAUAAUUCUUGAUCUUCAGGCUGCUUUACCUUUUGGACAAAUGAAGGAAGACUCUUCAGACAGUUUCUGGUCAUCUAUCAAUGCUUAUAUCAUUAGCAGAAUACGGGCUCAUAUGAAUGUACCUUUACCUCACAAAUCGCUUGCUUCAUUACGACAGGCUCUGGACCAUUUGACAUCGGAAAUGAAGUUCUGCUAUAAUGAUGGAGAUUUCCUGAAAUGUAUUUCCCAAUUUCUGUAUGAUAGCUUAACUUGCUUUAUGUCAACAGGACGGUUUACAUCCAGUCCACCAUUUAUUCCUUUGUCUGAGGAGUCUUCUGUUUUGGAAUCGCCCGAGAAAUCACUUGACUUAUCUUUUAAAAUGCCUAUUGAAACUCUUGAUAAAACCCAGGAGCUAAGCAUUAACAUGCCUGCAGAUGAGGUAUUCCUUCCAGAAUUUCAAACUGCUUUACCACAAAAUAUUAUUACUGUAGAAGCUCGAGAUCUUGAGCCAUUGUGUGCUGCUCCUUCCGAAGAAGAAAUUGGUUGUGAAUGGGGUCCUGAAGCAGAAACUGAGCCAGAAGUAGAAAUUGGUACAGAAGCUGAUUUAGCUGAAGCUGAUCAAUCGCCAGGUCAACCAGGAAAUGUUACCAAUUCUUCAGUUCCUGAUGCAGAUUCAUUGUCUGCACAUGUAGACCAAACAACUAUUCUUCUCAAAAAUGGGCCUAUACCUAAUAAUGGUUGCCUGGUUUUGAAUGUGAUAGAAAGUGAUGAUUCUGUAAACAAUUCAGAAAUAGUGAUGGGAGCUCAGUGCUGUGCUGAUUCAUGUGGUGAUCAAGAAAUCAUUCUUGAUGAUAUUCCUACAAAAUUAAGUUCUUCUGAGGAAGAACCACAGAAAUUAGAUGAGCAAUCAAAUCAGUUAUCUCCUUCUGAUGAAACUAUUAAAGAUAAUAAUGAACCUUCUACUGAAAGUAACAAUAGCCAGAGUGAAGUCACCAGCGCAAAAUAACGUUUUUAGCUGUGAAAAAAAAAAAUUGACUUCCAAUUUGAAACACAAUAUUGCAUAUGCAAUGAGAAAUAAAUCAAGCUAAUACCAGCAGUUGGCAUUAUAUGUGUACGUAUUUUAAUAAAAUGUUACUGAACUAA